AUGACGCAGUGCGAGACAGAGCGGAGGCGGGGCCAGUCGGUGCUGCGGCCCAACAUCCGACUGCUGUGCUCGCUGGGGCUGUGGCAGCCGGCGGGCUCUGCGCUGUUCCACGCCUACACGGCGGCCGUGCUGGCGGUGGGGGUGGCGCACCUCGCCGUCGCCUCCGUGGGUCUCUGGUUGCGGCCCGGGGGCCUCGCCGAGGUCACGCUCGGGCUGGCCAACCUGUUCGUCAUUCUGACAGCGCUCACCAAGUCGGCGCUGCUGCUGAGCCGGCGGCCGCUCUUCUACGCGCUGGUGCGCCGCGUGGACCAGCUGGCGGCCGAGCAGCAGGUGUUCUGCGACCGCGACUCCUCCCUGCUGCAGCUGAGCCGCCGCUCGCAGGCGCGCGCCACCCGGCUGACCCUCUUCCUGCACUGGUACGUUCUGUUCGCCCUCCUCUCGUGGGCUGUCAUCCCGCUGUUGGCACCCCCUGGCGAGCGCCUCUGGCCCUUCCAGCAGCUGCCCCUGGAGCCCUGGGGUCGCUCCCCGCUGUACGAGUGCUCCUACGCCCUCCAGUGCGUCGGUACCGCCUAUUUCUCGCUCAUCAACAUGGACACCGACUGUUUCUUCAUGGCCGUGAUGGCCCACGUGUCUGUACAGUUCAGAAUUCUGGCGUCUCGCUUCGCCGACCUGAACACCGUCGAGGCGAUGGUGGCCGAGUCUAAACCGAGCACUGUCCGCGAAGUAAGCUCUCAGAUCCGACUGGGUCACGACGUCGUUCACCGACAACUGCGUGCCUGCGUACAGACUCAUCAGAAGCUACUGAGUCUGGUGAGGUACCUGAACAUUGUGAUGAGUCCUAUGGCGAUGAUGCAGUUGGCGGUGGGCGCUAUCAACACGUGCAUGGUGCUGUUUCCGGCCACAUAUAGUGAAGACGACGCGGCUGUCAUGAAAUGCUGGGGCGCGCUGCCUCUAAUCGCUACACAGGUGUUCCUCUACUGCUCCGGGGCCCAACACCUCAUGGACCAGGUAGUCCUGGCAUGGCGCAACAGAGUGGUAUGUGCACAGGCAGAAGCAGUGUCCACGGCGGCGUACAGCUGCGGGUGGCCAGAGUCCAGCUGCCAGCUGCGGCGCUCCCUGCUGCUGGUGAUCUGCCGAGCCCAGAGGCCGCUGGCACUGACGGCUGGCAGGAUGUUCCUCAUCAACAGGGCCACCUUCCUUUCGGUUGGUGGUGGUGGUAUAGUAUUCUGCCUUACGGCAGGUUUUGUCAUGGGUUAA